GCAGUGCCAAAGGGCGCUUUGUUUACAUGGCGGCUCUGGCCUCUCUCCAGUAGAACUCGGGCCCAGAUGUUCCGUCAAGUCCUAGCACUGCAAGUGCCUCCUUGUAAUAUUCCGGUUGCAUUUCUCUUCCUUCUUAGCCUGAUAAACGCCAGGCUACUCUUCACAUUUGAAUACGAGCAACGCUUGCGUGCUGUCUGACGGGAUGAGGUGCCUUUCCCAUGCACGCUCAGUGUCACCGGAAGGGGCAAAUGUGACCGCUACUACAGGAAGUAUGCUGUCCCCGCUGGCCUCUAGGUUCCCUGCCGUGUAAGAACGAUAUGACGUGGGCGACCCAGCCCAUUGGCUUGGGUUACGAACACGGCUCAGCGCGGUGAUUGGUCGAUUGUAAAUCCCGAACGUUGUGACUGGUCCGCCAAAACGUCUCAGAGCGCGCGCGGGAGCGACGGCGAGCCGGUACGUCCACGGUCGGAAUGGCGCUGCAGGAUCUUGGAGAAAACUUGCAGCCUUGGUGUCCGCUGGGUCUCAGCCUCGAAUGGGUGAAGACCGUGUGGGACCUGGACUUCACGGAGAUUGAGCCUUUGGACCCCAGCAUAGUAGGCGAGAUCCUAGAGACUGGAAGAGAUGCGUUCACAAAGCUCUAUGGAAGCCUCUUCCCCUUUGCGACUGACGAAAGUGGAUCUUUAGAGAGCAUCUGGACCUUCUUCACUGAGAAUGACAUUUCCAGUAACACACUGGUGGCAUUGUUCUGUCACUUCGUCCAGGAAGCCCAUAAAAAAAGUGCCAGUGCACAAUAUCGAGAGUAUGGCCUUCAUGCUGCUGGGCUCUAUUUCUUGCUGUUAGAAAUACCAGGCAGCGUGGUCAAUCAAGUGUUCCACCCAGUGAUGUUUGACAAGUGUAUUCAGAUUCUGAAGAGGAGCUGGCCACAAGAAUCUAACUUGACUCAGAAAAGAAAAAAGGACCACUCCAAGAGUUCUAAGGAUAAUUAUAGGAAGAGCAGAAAAAGAGGAAAACCACCUAGAAAAGAGGAUUAUCAGGUGGAUGAACUUUCAAGAGAGGAAGAGGAAGAGGAAGAGGAGAUUUAUUUUUCUGGCCGGGACCUUUGUCAAAUACGAGAUGCCAUAUUUAAUCUUCUAAAGAAUUUUUUAAGGCUUCUGCCCAAGUUUUCUCUUAAAGAAAAACCACAGUCUAUUCAAACUUGUAUAGAGGUAUUUGUUGCAUUAACUAGUUUUGAGCCAAUUCCUCAUAAAUUUCUUAUUUCACAAGCCAGGAACCUCAAUGAAGUCAAACACAUAUCAGAGCUGGCCUACUAUGGACUGUAUUUGCUGUGCUCCCCAGUACAUGGAGAGGAAAAUAAGGUUAUUGGUUCUAUUUUCCAUCAAAUGCUAAAUGUGAUAUUGAUGUUAGAAGUAGGGGAAGGGUCCCGCUGUGCCCCCCUAGCCAUAACCUCACAAGUCAUCAAUUGUAGAAACCAGGCAGUCCAGUUUGUCAGCUCACUUGUGGAUGAACUACAAGCAAGUGUGUACCCAGUCCUUGGUACUCUACUGCAGCAUAUCUGUGCCAAGGUGGUAGACAAAGCAGAGUAUCGGACCUACGCAGCACAGUCCCUGGUCCAGCUGCUGACUAAGCUUCCCUCUGAGGAGUAUGCCACAUUCAUUGCCUGGCUUUACAAAUAUUCACGAAGUUCCAAGAUUCCACACCGGGUCUUCACUCUUGAUGUGGCUUUAGCUCUCUUAACGCUGCCUGAAAGAGAGCUGGAUGACACUGUAUCUUUGGAGCAUCAGAAGUUUCUAAAGCAUAAAUUCUUUGUGCAAGAAAUUAUAUUUGAUCGCUGCUUAGACAAGGCACCUACUGUCCGCAGCAAGGCACUGUCCAGCUUUGCACAUUGUCUGGAGUUGUCUUCUAGCAACACAUCUGAGAGUAUAUUGGAAAUCUUCAUUAACAGUAAUCUAGUUCCAGGGAUACAGAAUCUCUCUAACACCGUACUGAAUCCCUCACCAGUGCUAACCAGUCGAAAUGGCUACUCCGCGCAAAGCCGUACCCAUAACAAUGAUGAACAGACUCUGCCUGGAGAAAGAUGCUUCAUGACAAUGCUGAGAAAAAGAAUCAAGGAUGAGAAAAUCAAUGUCAGGAAGUCUGCACUCCAGGUGUUAAUGAGCAUUUUGAAACACUGUGACAUCUUGAGCAUGGAGCAGGACCUGUUGAUCCUGCAGGACCAUUGUCGAGACCCUGCCAUAUCUGUGCGGAAGCAAGCCCUACAGUCUCUUACAGAACUUGUUAUGGCCCAACCUACAUGUGUCCCAGUCCAGAAAGCCUGGUUGAUGGGUGUCAUCCCAGUGGUGAUGGACUGUGAGAGCACAGUGCAAGAGAAGGCCUUGGAGUGCCUGGACCAGCUCCUGCUGCAGAACAUUAAGCAUCACAAGAAAUUUCACAGUGCAGACAGAAGCCAGGUGCUUGCGUGGUCCCUACUUGCUCUCCUCACCAUAGAGAACCAGGAUCUGAGACGCUAUUUAAAUAAGGCUUUUCAUAUCUGGUCCAAGAAAGAUAAAUUCUCAUCCACUUUUAUAAACAGUGUGAUAUCCCACACUGACACAGAACGUUCUGCACCAGCCUGGAUGCUGCUGUCCAAGAUCACUUGCUCAUCACCCAAGCUGGACUACACCAAAAUAAUAGAGUCGUGGGAGAGACUCAGCAGAGAACAGUCUCCCAACUCAAACACCUUAGGCUAUAUGCUGUGUGUCAUUGGGCAUAUUGCAAAGCAUCUUCCCAAGGGGACCCGGGACAAGAUAACUGGUGUGAUCAAGGCCAAGCUGAAUGGAUUUCAGUGGUCUCCAGAGCUGAUCAGUUCGUCUGUUGACGCAUUGCAAAAGCUUUGCAGGGCAUCUGCCAAGACAGUGCUGGAAGAGCAGGGACUGCUGAAGCAGGUGUGUGGGGAUGUGCUCGCCACCUGUGAGCAACACCUCUCUAACAUCCUUCUGAAGGAAGAUGGGACAGGGAACAUGGAUGAAGGCCUGGUGGUGAAAUGUAUCUUUACCCUAGGAGACAUAGCCCAGUUAUGUCCAGCCAUAGUAGAGAAGCGAGUCUUCCUUCUAAUCCAGUCGAUUCUGGCCUCUUCUGCUCAUUCGGAUCACUUACCAUCAUCUCAAGGGACCACAGACGCCCUCGACAGUCAGCCUCCUUUCCAGCCCAGAAGCUCCGCCAUGCCUUCUGUGAUUAGAGCACAUGCCAUCAUCACUUUAGGUAAACUCUGUUUACAGCAUGAAGACCUUGCAAAGAAAAGCAUCCCAGCCCUUGUGCGAGAACUUGAAGAGGAAUAUGUGAAGUGGAAGGGCUCUCUGUUCUUCCGAUUUGUCAGCACUUUGGUGGACUCACACCCAGACAUUGCCAGCCUUGGGGAGUUCUGCCUGGCUCACUUGUUGCUGAAGAGGAACCCUACCAUGUUUUUCCAGCACUUCAUUGAGUGCAUAUUCCACUUCAACAGCUAUGAGAAGCAUGGGCAGUAUAACAAGUUUUCCCAGUCAGAGAGGGGGAAGCAGCUGUUUUUACUAAAGGGAAAGACAAACAAGGAGAAGCGAAUGAGAAUCUACAAGUUUCUUCUUGAGCACUUCACAGACGAGCAGCGGUUCAAUGUCACUUCCAAGAUCUGUCUUAACAUUUUGGCAUGCUUCACGGAUGGCAUCCUGCCCAUGGACAUGGAAGCCAGCGAGUUGCUCUCAGAUACCUUUGACAUCCUCAACUCCAAGGAGAUCAAACUAUUGGCAAUGAGAGCACAGACAUCCAAGGACCUCCUGGAAGAAGAUGACGUGGCUCUGGCAAAUGUGGUCAUGCAGGAAGCACAGAUGAAGAUCAUCUCACAGGUUCAAAAGAGGAAUUUCAUAGAGAAUAUUAUUCCAAUCAUCAUCUCCCUGAAGACUGUGCUGGAGAAAAAUAAGAUCCCUGCUUUGCGGGAACUCAUGAACUACCUGAGGGAAGUUAUGCAAGAUUACCGGGAUGAAAUCAACGAUUUCUUUGCAGUUGACAAACAGCUGGCAUCUGAACUUGAGUAUGACAUGAAGAAGUAUAAUGAGCAGCUAGCCCAGGAGCAAGCUCUGACAGAACAUGCUAAUGCAACCAAAGGGCCUGAAGACAGUGACAGGGUACCCUCUGCUCAGGUUGCUCCAGACUUAGAAGCUGUACCUGCUCUUGCUGCUGCUCCUAUGGCUGCUGCUGCUGCUGCUGCUCCUAUGGCUGCUGCUGCUGCUGCUGCUGGCCAGGACAAUGCUGAUGUGCCUCCAACCCAGAGCCGGCCUUCAGCACCUAGGUCCAACUUCACACCAACUUUGCCUCCCAUAUCCGAAAAUGGACCUCUGAAGAUAAUGUCCAGUACCAGGCCCAUGUCUCUCAGUACCAUCGCCAUCCUGAAUUCAGUCAAGAAAGCUGUUGCGUCUAAGAAUAGGACACGCAGUUUAGGAGCCUUGCCUUUCAAUGUGGAGACCGGAAGCCCAGAAAAUCCCUCCAGCCAUGAAUCUUCCUUAAGCUUGGAGAAAGAGUCUGACAGAACUGUCAACCAUGUAACUAAACGGGCAAUCAGCACCCCAGAGAAUUCCAUCAGUGACGUCACAUUUGCAGCAGGGGUCAGUUACAUAGGGACACCAGCAACUUUUUUUACCAAAGAGAAACACGAAGCCCAAGAACAAGGAAGUGACAUUUUAUGUUUAUCGCUGCUUGAUAAAAGACCUCCACAGUCUCCACAGUGGAACGUAAAGUCCCCAGCCAGGAGUCACGGCAGCACAAGAUCCAGCCGGAGGUCCCUUCGUAAGGCCCCCCUGAAGACAGCCAACUGAGACCUGUGGAAAUAUGUGCAUCUCCUAGAUGGAAGGGGAAAGUGUGGUGUGGCCUGCACCCACGUGGGUGUGGGAGACACGUAGCUGUGCACUGCCAGCUCCUGCCUAGGACAUCAGUGUGUCUUUGUGCAGCUUGUGUUUGUCUAACCAACCUUCCUAUUUUUAUUUCUCUUUCUAUCAUUAUAGCUGAGAUUUGUAAAUAGAGAUAUGAUGUAUUUAGACUUUCUCACAAUAACAUUAAGCUAUUUAUACUGUGAUACUCUAUUUGAGUAUCAAACGUUCUGUGGUAAGUUACAAUAUGGUCUUUUAAGGAACACAAUUUUCGAAACCAGCUUUCUUCUGUAUAACUCAAGUGUCUAUAGCUUGUGUGACUUCAGUAUAAUAGAUAUGUCCCCUUAGCUAAUGGCAAAAAUUUGAAAUAUUUUUCUAUUAUUUAUAAUUACAAAUUUUUAUUAAAAGAGGUGUACAGUCUUUCUAAAACAAAGUAAUAAAUGUCAAAUAUAAAUAUAACCUAGCAUUUAUUAUAAUUUUUCUGGCUUUGGAGCAAGGCUUUAUUGAUGGUCUGCUUAACACUGCAUUAAGUAUUUAAGGGUUUAAUUCAUCUACCCACCUGCCCUUGUUCCCAUAGAGAACCUUUGUCUCUCUUGUGUCCCAGUAGCCAUCCCCAUUAGUACAUCAGGUAGGUAAAGCCUGCUCAUGAUGGCAUGGCUGCCUUCUUGACCCUUAGACAGAGCGGUGGUGCAGAUGGGUGAGACUGCUGAGGAGCUGGAGGGUUGGGGUUGAAUGCUCUGCCUUUUUGGAGACAAGCAUCUCAUGUAUUGCUCAGCCUUCCGAGUAACAGGGACAACAGGCAUACUCCACCAUACCCUCCUCCUAUCCCAUGCUAACCCAGGACCGUGCACCUAGGCAAGCCCUCUACUACUGGUCCCUGUACUCUUGUCAUAAAGAAGCUCUGACAGUUGGUGGCUCGAGUGUCACAGCUGCUCUUAAGUGAACAACUUUGGCUGCAGUACAGGUGCAGAUUUCCUUAGUGUGAAGAGCGUGUGUGUAACCAAAUGCUAAGAAUGCAGGGCAAACCUAGAGAAAGAACAUGGUUUCAGUUUGGUUUGUUUUUUACAAAUAACCAAAUUGCAAGUGUGUUAGUACAGGUCUAACAGCUAUGAACAACUUCAAUAGUGGCCAACAGUCACAGUCACAUUGUACAGGUAAGUAAGCGCUUUCUGUUCCUGUCUGUACAGUCACAGGCCACUGCUUUCCAAGCUAACAUGUUGCUUUAUCAAAGUUAGUUCUCAUGGCACUAUGAAAAAAGGCAGCCGGACUUGGUGGCACACGCCUUUAAUCCCAGCACUUGGGAGACCGAGGCAGGCGGAUUUCUGAGUUCGAGGCCAGCCUGGUCUACAAAAUGAGUUCCAGGACAGCCAGGGCUAUACAGAGAAACCCUGUCUCGAAAAAAAAAAAAAAGGCUUUAGGACAUAGAGGAAUAAAAGAGCGGACAACAUGGCUGCCCUAUUGCUAUGACAGCCACUGGAAGGCCAAUGUCAUAGCCCACCACUCCACUCCACCAGCUAGAAUGGCAGCUGUCCUCUUCUCCCGAGAGGAAGGUAGAGGAGAGACCAGGCACCCCUGAGUAGUCACAGAACACUGCCAGGCUGUUCCUGCUAACAUCUUUGCAUAUAGCCUUCAACAUAAAGAAAAAAAGUGUGUCUCAAUGAAAAAAGGAAGUAAAAAGAAAAAGUUGAAGUAUAAAGAAAUUAAGAUGACAAAGUGUCUAACAUCUCUAAAACCACCCUGUAGGUGCAAGGUAGGAUCAGGGACUCCUUUAGAUUCCCCUGGCUUCUCACCACUUCAUACCACGAGUCUAACAUGCUCAAGUGUUUGAGACCAAGAGCAUCUGUUCUCGAAGAACAAAGGCUUUUGGACUGGGGUUUCUAAUGUCCCAUAAAAUGAGCAGUGUCUCGGACAGAUAAAAGGUUUACAAUAAAGUGGAGAAACUGCUUUUGGUCAGACAGCACUCUGCUCACCCUCGGGCUUUGUCCUCUGGCUGUACUUUUCUUCAAAGAGCUGUGCUGGACACAGAGGCUUGUCAUGGAGGAGACGGCCUGCAGUGCUGGGACUCUUUUCAUCACAACAAAGGAUCUUCUUUUUAAACAUGUUCAGUUUCAAAAUUGCCUUUGGUCUUGGAUACAUUAUCAACUAAACAAAUAUUUAAAAUGAUUUUUACAAGCAAGCUCACUGGCUUUGUCUUAUAAGCUACCCAAAACAGACUAGGGUUCUGUCACAGACACUCAAAGACAGGAACCACUGACCACCAGUCUUCUUCAGCCUCCUGCCGGAGACCAGCCCAGGAUACCACCAGUGACCAUUUUAAUCAGGUGCAGAGCUGAGAUGAGGGCGGUGCAGGUUUAAGUGGACAUUCCAUCCCACACAAGUUAGUACCAUGAGGGGUCCCUGAGACCAUCCAACUAGGACUGCACAGGGCCUUUCUAGGAAGAGGAAAUCUACAGGAUGAGGCCAUUCAAAACUAGUCCAAGAGUUCCCAAAGUUUCUUGCUUUAAAAAAAAAAAAA